AUGGCCGCUCCUUACGGUCGCGACCGCGAUGUCCUCGCACAACCCGAUCAUCCCCAUUCGCCAUUUGGGCGUGCUCGAGACGUCAGCUACGAGUUUGACCUCGACAAUUCCAAUUUUCCAACUCCUUCCAAGCGCAAUGACCCGCGUACCAGGCCAAAGUUUCGCACCGGUACACUUGCCGGAGCAUACCGUGCCACUUCGCGCGCCAGCAUGUCUGACGAUGGCGCCGGACUGGGCCUGACGGCUAGUCCCCGACAACAUCGCGAUUCCAACGCUGCGCGCUCGCCGCCAUUUGAGCGUUUCAACAACCCUGAUGAACUGCUCGAUUCAUAUAGGAGGACGGAAUAUAACGGGACGGGGGCUGACUACAACCCGUUGGACGACUGGGAAUCUCCCUUCGACACGCGUCCGAUGAGCCACCUCACUCGUUUGUCGCCUCGAGUGCAAGACAAUGAAGCCGACGGCCGUGCAUUCUCGGAAGCAAGCUUUGGCAACGAAUACUCGCCCCGUAGGAGGACCUCCGACUAUGCGCGAGACGAGCAGCGGCUCCGACGGGUGACGGGCAAGGACUCGCCGGUGUUCAGCAAAGCCAAAGUCGGGGCGCGCACUGCCCUGACGGCUGACAAUCUUCAACGGAGGGAAGAACAAGAACAAAUACAAAUAUCUGAGGAAGAUGACAAGGAUGGACCGUCGUUGAAUUUGCCCCGUACUUGGGGAAGCCGAGCUGGCCACCGCUCAGAAUGGCUACGAAAUGUGAGCGCAAGCACAACCUCGGAACCCCAAGAAACGAAGGACGAAGACAUGUUUGCCGCCCCCAGAUAUGGUUCGCAUAAUCCGCCGAGAGGCAGCUUUCCUAGCCGCAGCACUCUUGGCAAGCGUACGGCAAGCCUCCUUUCUCAGGACGAGAUUCAAGACACCAAGGCAGACAGAGCAAAUGGUCUGGAAAGUGCUCCGCAGGACGAAGGUUUCCAGGUGCCGAACACGCCUGUUGUUGUCUACAAGAAUUCUGGCUUCAACAAGGCGAAUGCUGUCGCGCGUAGCACACGGGAUUCACAAUCUCUGCUGCGAAAGCUCGCGCGGACCGAAAGUCCAAAGCCGGAACAAAUGCAGACGCCAGACCAGCCCAAGCUGUUUGAGAGACGAAUUUAUGAUAAGACACCCAGGGUGACGGGUGCCUGGAUCGACACCCCGGUGCCCGAAAGGGUGGCUGAAAUUCCUCACGAAUUGACCAAGGAUAUUGUGCGGCCAUCUGCAUCGAGCGCCCCCGUGGGGAAAUCACAGUCACCUGUCCUGGAGCAGAAGCCAUCACUACAGAAACAAUCGGAGCAGAAACCGGACAAGCAGGAGCUGUUGUCGGCUGGGAACAUGCAAGCGGACGAGCCAAAGUCGGAUUUGGGAGUCACGAAGGAACCACUCUCCACAAAGGAGGAUUCCGUCCCUAAAACGCAGGCUACAUCGAUCGAACAGGUAAAGGUCAGUCGACCGAAUCUGCCCAAAAGUGGCCUGCAAACAGUCAUCGAGGAAAUGAGCUCCGGUAAAGAGGGCCUUGAUCUUGGAGAUGACACAAUCGAAUCACUUCAGGCAAUCAUGGAGGAUCAGACCGAGUUGAAAAAUGAGGAGGCCGAGGAAGCUGCUUACGAACAGGAGGUCCUCAAGAGGCUGGAGCUUGCUAGUAGCAAUGGACAAGGCUCUGUGGACAUUGAGCGUUUGAAUGACAAACUACACUCGCUUGCGAAGAACAUCAACGAGGUCAAGAAAGGACUGAACAGUCUGGAAGAGCACGUCACUCGGGAUGCGACCGCGGUGUCUCGUCGAGGCUCAUCUGCCAAAGAAGAUUUGGUUCCUCCAUCCUUGAAAUCCAGUGCAGACCGUACCGGCCCCAGCGUUAAAAAUAGCCGAGUAUAUGCCUCUUUCCCGCUACCUCGACUGUGGACGAUCUCCCACCAUCCUGAGCGCCGGCGACUCACCAAGCUAGGCUGGGCAAUUCUCUCCAUCUUAACUUGGUAUAUCAUCGAACUGCUGAUGUGGGACCGAUACUCCCACCCACUCGUCGCUGAAAGGUGCGAGGGCAAUUGCCUUCAGCCCGAUGCACCCGAUCUUCCCUUUGUCACCGUCAGCAUGCUCUGGCGCUGGUCUCACCUGCAGAGUCUCCUGACUCCCGCAGUCACUAUCCUGGUGGCCUUUUUCAAACUCAUGGCGCAAUUACUGGGUGUCUGGGAUGGCUACGUCGAUGAGCCGCCCCAGCUGGGGAAUAUCGUGGGUGAAAUACGUGUAAACGGAACCCCCGUCUCAUUUCCCUGGUUGACUUCCCCUGGUCAGACGGUGGUACCGCAACGGAUCUCAACGGCACAUCAGCCGGUGUGGACACCGCGCGACGAGCCUCCACGGGUUGAAGUGCAGUCUCCCUGGGUUGAGGACCAGGUUUCGAUGGACGAGGACGAAUAUCUUUGA